AUAUACUGUAUGUAUUUAAGAAUAUUUUCUUAAACCAUCUGUGUUAUUCUUUUAGGCAAAUCAGAUGCAACAAUGGAUCCUUUAGUUGCAAACUACAACAUAUCAUGGAAUUAUCAGAUUUCGAAGAUUUCAUAUGCUUUGUCACGCUAUGACCCCCGUUUAAAUUUUAUAUGUAGAUUUACUCCAUUAACUGACGAAUCAUUGCUUUACGAAAUUUCAUGGUAUGUUGAUGAUACUGAAGUAAUAAAAGGACAAACUGUAAAUCUUAGUACUAUAGAGAAUGCCUUGUUGCCUGCCAUGGCAAUUUUAGAGAAUAACAAAACAGCAGGAUCAAUGAUUCAGUUUGUCGUUGGAAUAAAGUCAACUGCAAAUGGUUCUUCCUGUGCUACUAAUGCAAGUCAACCAUUUUUUGCUGGUAUUAAAGUUUUAACUCCACAACUUUUUAUAGACAUAGGCGGAAAGGCCGACAUUCUCCUCCAACUAACAAUACCUUACGCAGCUGAGAAUUUGGUGAUUUACGGUCAAGUUUUAGAAACGACUGAUCUCCUUGUGAGAGCUUAUAUUCCCCAGAAUUCCUCCCUUUAUUGCGUAAAUAGCUCUUUCAAAUAUGAUUCAACUGAUAGACGCUGUGAAAUAAGGAUAAAGGGUUAUUCCUAUAACGAGAGGGAUAAAUAUGAAAGUAAUAUUUGGAAACAGGUUUACAAAAUGACAAUUUAUGAACAAGGCAAUGCAUUUAGAAAUUUGUUGGAAAGGGGCAUUACACUGCCGCUGAAGACCAGCGAAACCCAUGGUGAAGGAAGUAAAAUAUUCAGCAAUAUACAUCUACCAGAUAUUCAGGUAUACACCAAUCGAUCAUAUUCAAUACAGUCAACGUCGACGACAACAAUACCAAUCCAAGAUUGUGCAACAAAGUCAUCUACUCACACUUUUCCAAAAACAACAACUAUGACAACACAACUUAAUGAUUCGAUGAUAAUGACAAAUAUAAUAUCAGCAACAAAAAUAGCAACGCAAACUAUGACGUCAACACCAACAAAAACGGCAACUCAAACAUCAGCAACACAAAUAACAACGGAAACCAUGACGUCAACACUAACGAAAACGGCAACUCAAACAUCAGCAACAAACUUUAAUAUGUUUACAACUAGAACAUCAUCAAAUAAUGAAUCAGUGAGAACAACAACACAGUCGGCAAUGAAUUCAACCCUAUCAGAUUGUUUCGGAAUCAACAGAAACAACAGUGAAGUCUUAAAUUCCAAAGAAAAUUGUGACCUACUGGUUACCUCAACAUCUGAACAGUUAACAGUCCCAGGCUAUGUAUUCAUUGUGUUGUCUUAG